CAGCCGACCUCUCUGGCGCAAACGACGACCCUGUUAUCGGUUAUCGAAGGUGUGCGCCGAGAACAAGUGUGUUUAACCGUGUUGUUCUGGUGCUAUUGCUUCACUGUAAAGCCUAGUAGAGUGUUGUUUGCUUUCUGCGGUCACAAUUUGAAUGUGUGUUGUUUUCCCCGACUUCAGAAAACCAGUAGGAGGGUACGGAAGGAGGAGGAGGAGGGAAGCCAGCCGAUAUAUUGUUUUCAGCAGACUAGCUAACUUUAGGAGAGUGGAGAAGCUAACGGCUCGACUCGUAACCGUUUGCAGGGAAGCAGGUAACUCGGUUAAAAUGGUGACUUUCUCGGCUCUGGUUAGACCUUUGGCUUCACAUAUUCACCGACAGCUCGCCAGACAAGCCAGGAGUCACCGGAUAUCGCCUGUCAGAGGAUGUAACCUGACUGCGUGCUCAAGCAAAUAUGUGCUGUCUCAGAUGCAUCCCAUGUGGCAGGGGCCCCUCGCGGUACCAGGAGGGGAUCGUCAGUCUCCAAUUGAUAUUGUCGUACGCAAGAGCAUCUAUGAUUUAAAGCUGAAGCCUCUGGUUACCAAAUACGACCCGCAUACUUGCCAACAAAUCUGGAACAACGGUUACUCCUUUCUGGUCGAGUACGAUGACACUACAGACAAGUCCACGCUACAAGGGGGCCCCCUGGAAGACAAAUUUAGGCUUUGCCAGUUCCACUUCCACUGGGGUGAGACCAACGCCUGGGGCUCAGAGCACACCGUGGACAAGAAGCUGUUCCCCGCUGAGCUCCACUUGGUCCACUGGAACUCUGACAAGUACAGUCUGUUUGAGGAGGCAGUGAUGGAGGAUAACGGGCUGGCGGUUAUUGGCGUUUUUCUGAAGGUGGGAAAGAGACACGAGGGGCUGCAGAAACUGGUGGACGCUCUGCCUGCAAUCAGACACAAGGACAGUGUAGUAGAGUUUAACCGGUUCGACCCUGGCUGUCUGUUACCCACUAACACGGAUGACUACUGGACGUACCACGGCUCUUUGACCACACCUCCUCUGACAGAGUCUGUUACCUGGAUCAUUAUGAAACAGCACAUAGAAGUCAGCCAUGACCAGUUGGCUGUCUUCCGGAGCCUUCUUUUCACCUCAGCUGAGGAAGAUAUGCAGAAGAGCAUGGUGAACAACUUCCGUGUGCAGCAGCCUCUCCAGGGCCGUGCCGUCCGCUCCUCCUUCAGUCCCUUCCUGAAGGAGGCGCCAUCCGCUGAAGGCGACAAGCACAACCACUGAUGCUGCUAGACCCUUUCGUCUUCUCUUAGAGUAACUCACACAGUGACCACUGUCCACACUUCUGUUGUUUUCCUUUCUUCAUGCUGUCAGAACAUGUUGUUGCUCAUCAACAUCUGAUGCUGGAAGCAGGUUUUUAGAGUGUAGCACAAUGUAGGGGGGAUGUAGGCAAACUGUUUCUGAUUGGUUGCGGUUUUUAUUUUCUUUUACAAUUUGGUUUGACUGUUGCAGACCAAAAGCCAAUAAGGGAUGCUUGCUGUGGGGAAAAAUAAUAUUGAUAAGAAUGGUAUUUAUUCUAUAUUUACAGUCUUUAAAGUUACUGUAUGUAAAGUUUAUAGCUACAGCUGUGUGUAGGGAGUCACACCGAGCUGCAGGUACAAACUUCAUGGUCACAGCUACAGCAGAGAGUGCUCUGAUCUCCUCGCUGUGAUGUUUUUAUCCUUAUAAGGAGGCAGGAGCUACUGUAAGUUUACAACACAAUGCCCUGGAGAUUUUACCAAACCGUCAGGGGGAAUGUGCCUCCCCAGUAAAAUACUCAACAUAUCUAAAAUCAUCAGUGUUUUACCACUUGUACCACAAUGUCACUUUUUUCAUUCUUAAAGUUGUAGGAUUUACUGUUUUGGUUUUUUUCCAUCUACACACUUUAAACUUUUAGUGUCGUAGCCUGAUAUAAAGAGAUACUUAUAUAUUAUACUUUAUACAUCUUUGUUUUAUUCGGACAUCCUAUAAUUUAAACAGUCUGAAAGCUGACUCUAAGCUUUGGUUCUUCUACAUAGAACCCGUGUAAUACGCACAAUCAUGCCUGGUUACUAUAGCACAUACACGCAUCCUGAUUGACCCAGAGUGCAUGUACCUGUGUCACACUGGUGCACCCAGUUCUCUUCCUUUACUCUGGCUUACAGUGAUCUCCAUUAGACACCAUAACCACCGUGCCUUUAAAUGUUCUCUGUGUGGCUCACUGCUUUUGGCAGCUUCACCCUCACCCCUCACAGGAUGGAAAGUAUCUGUUCCCCCAAGCUUUAGCUCGGGUACAGUGGUUGGUGGUCACUCUCAGAAAUGGUGGAGGCUCAGCUGAUAUUUACUGUGACGCUCACCUCUUAUUUCCCAGACAGGUGUACUAUGAAGUGAGGAGUCAGUUUUCAGUGUUACAAAGGAAGCUCUCUUUGCUCUCUAUACCUACUUAUGGUGAACUCGUAACCUGGUCUGCAGCAGAGUCAGUUAUCAGUAGAGAUGGCACGAUACCACUUUUUUAUGUCCGAUACCGAUACCGAUAUCAUAAAUUUGGAUAUCUGCCGAUACCGAUAUGAAUCCGAUAUAGUGUGUUUUUUAAUCAAUAAAACAGUUUUUUAAUAUAUUGCUGCAUUUUGUAUAAGUUUAUACUCAAGUUUAAAUAAACAACAACACUAAAGCUAUUCUGUUAUACCUGUAUGUAAAAAAUACACUGCACCCAAAAUAUUUCAUAGUUCAGCAACACUGAUCAAUCUAAUAAACUUAAACCUACUCCAUCCUCCCUAUUCUGGUAUUUUAAAGAGUACUUAGCAGAAAUAUUAAGCAAACUAACAAAUAGGGUUGCAAACUCCCAGCAAAAAAAAAAUAGGGAACCACCCCCCGCCCUCCACCUCAUGAUGCUUAAUCGAAGUAAUCAACUUUUAUUUGAUGCAGUGUGAAAAAAAUGCACAGAAUUAAAUUAUUUUUCAAGAAUAAUUAAAUAGAUUCAAUAUCUUUCUUCAACAGAAUUGCAAACUGCACAGAUCGUACCUUCCCAAAGGAAAAAGUACUAUAGCUUACUAGGGUAUAUUAGACUUAACAGUUAGUAUAUACAGUAAUGGACUUCUAUACAUUUUACAUCAGAUUAAAACUUUGGGUGUAAGAUUCAGAUAAUUAUUUAUUAAAAGCGAGACAUUUUAAAUGAGAAUAAGAAAGAUAAGUAUGUCUUUGUGCCCCCUUUUCCCUGUUCAUGCCCUAUCGGCCCCCCUGGCUAAACUUUGCUAGAUCCGCCCCUGCACAGUUACCAGCCGUCAGCUGCAUAGAAAAAGAUCCUGGUCUAGAAAGUAAUAUUAAAUAAAUUCUAACAACAGCUUAUCAAGCUUAAACGUGCUGCUGUUGUUCAGCCGCUGGUUUCCUCUUUCUGGUGCAAAGUGGGCCAAAAACAAAGAAGAGAGACGGACUCGCGACAGAAAAGCCGAUCAGCUGAUCAUUAAGCAGUUUCACGAAGUAGCGGCAGGAGAGGGAGGGAGAGAGAGAGAGACAGUCGCUAAAUAUAUCGGUUGUUAAGCUUAACGUGGGAACGCUUUACGAACAUUCAGAGAUGAACUUACACACUUGCUUUACUUCUCUCUGGGAUAACUUCCUCGGAGAUGAAAUGCUGGUUUGCUAGCGAGGCUACAAAUACACACAGCCGCUCUAUCAUGUGAUGCACACUGCUCCGACGUGCUACGGUUAUGAGCCGAGUUACUCCAUGUCGCAAGUUUUGUGAGGUGUUUUUUGAUAUUUAAUGGAUCGGAUUACAUUUUUUAUUUCUCGCAGAUAUCCGAUCCAGUAAUUUAGGUCAGUAUCGGACCGAUACCGAUACGUAAUAUCGGAUCGGUCCAUCUCUAGUUAUCAGUUCAGCUCAUUUUGGCUUGGCCAAAAACUAAACUGAUUUCCACUGAUCUCUCUUCAUUACACUAUGGGACAGCAUCAGACCUGCAUGCACAGGUGUAAAGCUUUAAAGUUGCAGCUGUCAUGGUAACCUAAAGAUGUAUUUGCAUAUAAAAUCCCAGAAUUAACAGUUUUCUUCAGCAUUGAGCUUAUGUCUUAUUGGCAACAUCACUGUUGGUUUUAUUGACCUCUGAAUAAAGCAGGCCAGCAGUCUGGAUUAACCACAGUCUGAGGCUUUGUUGAGCCAGCCAACACAAAGAAAGCCUGACUAUGUUGAACUUGCUUCAUAGUACACCUGUCUGGUAAUUUGAAUGAAUCGAGUUGUAAUUGGGAGGAAGCUGCUGUCUUUAUUAGUCUCUGUGGUGCAGUUGUUGUGUUUUAACAGAAGAUUAAUCGCACUAAUGUGAUAGAACAAAUCAGUCUGCUGUUUUUGGAUUGGAAGGGGUUUAAAGUUACAGUUAUAUUUAGCAUAAAAUGUAAUGUAGAAUCCACAUUAUUAUUAUUAUUAUUAUUAUUGUUGAUGUUUUAAAGCUAAAGACCUUUUGCAGGAUGUACUUGGAUAGGUCACAGGAGGAUAAAUUACCUCUAAUGUUGCAGCAUGUUUUUAUUUUUAUAUACAAGGAUUCCACUAUUUGAGAUUCACCUGUAACCUAUCCAGAGGGGACCUAUUAUGCUUGUUUCCAUCAACAUAUUUUUAUUCUUGGUCUCUACUUGAGUGGCUUUGGUUAAUUCAUGGUUCAGGAUGAAUUUCUUUCUUCUGAUUGGCUGCUGUUCAUAAACAACAGGUGGGUGGGGAUUCUGCACUCACAGAGAGCUGUGUGCCCCAGUGCCUUGUCACCUGUGACAUUGUACAGGCAAAAAUAUCUGCCAUUUAGAGCAGCGAUAAGCCUGUUUUUUGUCUCACAGUGCACCAUUUAAAACUGAAUAUGAGGAUUCAUCAUUUUAGCAUAAUUAUAUGACAGAAUAUGAAGAAAAAAAGCAUAGUAGUUUCCCUUUAAAGAUGUAAACUAGAAUAAAUUAAAAUGAUAUGCAGAUCCAGUGCAGGGACACAAAGGUUUUGAAAUCGGGAACGAUUUUAAUGCAAUGUUACAUCAUCUAGAAAGGUUUAGCAGUUGUCAUGCUUUGGCUCAUGUCCAGCAGCUGCAGUGCACGAAAUUGGACUGUGCAGCAAUGUCAGAAAGCUAAAAGGAAGUUUGAGGUAAAGUUGAGAGAGGAGGAGGGUACUGAUGGAACGAUAGAAGGAGACAUGCAUGCAGAGACCUGUCUGGCUCUGAGAUUGGUCUUAUUUCAGGACUGCAAACACUGCCAUGCAAACUGGAACAUCGCACCAUAUCUGGCCACUUCUAACGUCAUCUGUGUGCAAAGGUUUUCUCCAAUGGCACUGAAGUGGGGUGAGAGGUCAUGGUUGUCUUAAUGAUCCCUCUGUAACAAUGCAGCUAUCCAAACUUGCCCUCCUCCUGGCACCAAGGCUCACGUGAGGCUUUAACGCCCCGCUCCAUCUCCCCCGCGGGUCAUCCGUUGGCCCCCCAGUCAAAGCAGAGCACGAAGCUGCACAGCGACUGGACUUCAGUGGACAUGUAUUGAAAAGAUGCGAUGUGCACUGGGUGAUGUUAAUUGUUGUGACGGCUGCAGACUGGCUAGAUAAACAGUGAGGGGCCCGCAGAAGGCAGAAAAGAUUUUAGCGUAAAGUUGAAGUGGAAUUUGAUGAGGUGGUGUGCUUGGAGUUUUUUCUUCUUCUUUGUUCAGUGUAUUGUACUAACACGGGAGACAAGGGACCCAGUGCUGCCUUCAUCGUGUACAGCUGUAUUUUAUUGAUGUAUUUGAAUUGUGCACCAUCAUCUGCCUUGGUUUUUCAUGGCUUUUUACUCAUGUUGUUACUUUCUUAUGCCUUUUAAAAAAAAAAAAAAAAAUUGCAGUGCUGUUAAUAUUAACAUAUUACAAUGCACACACUCAGUCAGUGCAGACUGAUUAUUUAAAUGGAUUGAUCUAUCAAAGUAUGAGGCGCUAGAAAUCUGUUUUUGGUGCUUUUCUUGAUUGACUGCUAAAUAUUAUAUAUAUUUUUGCAUUAAUUAAAUCUAAUAGAAUAUAAAGUCUUCCUCUUUUUGUGUUUUAAUCCAUAUCAUUGCCUGCUUUUCUAAUCAUAGAGAUACUACAGGUCCCACUGUACUUUCUUAAAAAAUAUUUUGCACCUUUACUUCAUCUUUCCUAGUCUUCUGUGGCUCACUGUGAUGUUUUAGCAGGUGUAUGAUGUGUACACUGUAUGCAGUGCAUAUUUUAGCUGUUUAUUUGUUGAGUGUGUAGCCCACAUUCCUGCCCUGCAGGGCCCUGCUAGGCCAUCCAGCAGUGCAUGUUGGAAGACCCUCCUGAUCCUCAGGUGGCGAUGUUGAAAACCACCCAACAUCGAUGGAAACAUGAUUGUAGUUAGACUGAUGUUAAUAAAUGAUGUAAAAUAAUAAAGUAUCAUGU